AUGUAUUUAUCUCAAUUUGGUUACUUGAGCCCUUCGAUGAAAAAUCCGAAUUCAGGUCAUAUCAUGUCUGAGGAAACAAUGUCCCGGGCGUUAAAGGAUUUUCAAUCAUUCKUUGGACUAAAUCUGACAGGUCACUUGGAUGACGAGACGUUACACUAUAUGAGUAUGCCUAGAUGUGGUGUGAGAGAUAAAGUUGGAUUUGCAACAGACUCCAGGUCUAGAAGAUAUGCUCUACAAGCUUUAGAGAUAACUCUAGUGCACAUUGAAAUCAGAUUUGAAAAAGGUGAACACGGUGAUGGUGAUCCAUUCGACGGACCUGGUGGAACUUUGGCACAUGCUUUCUUUCCAGUUUACGGGGGUGAUGCUCAUUUUGAUGACUCUGAAAAAUGGUCAAUAGGUUCAUUCAAAGGCACUAACUUGUUCCAAGUAGCAGCUCAUGAAUUCGGUCACUCAUUAGGAUUGUCUCACUCAGACGUCCGGUCCGCGUUAAUGGCACCAUUUUAUAGAGGUUAUAAUCCAUCAUUUAAUUUGGACAGCGACGACAUAGAAGCCAUUCAGGCUCUGUAUGGUGCUAACAGCUCGGGAGAAGGAUCAGACAACGACGACGACAGUACAAGCCAGGGAUCGGGUAAAAAGACAACAACGCAAGAACCUCCGGGAACAGAGGGCAGCGACGCUGAAUUGUGCACAGACACUAAAGUGAACGCUUUGUUCAAUUCAGCAGCCGGCGAAACUUUUGUGUUUAAAGGCGACUACUAUUGGAAGUUGACGGACGACGGGCUGGCUCAAGGAUAUCCCAAGUCCAUUUCGGGCACGUGGUCCGGCCUGCCGGGAAACAUAGAUGCCGCGUUUACGUACAAAAACGGUAAAACUUACUUCUUCAAAGGCACGAAGUAUUGGAAGUACACUGAUACCACGAUGGAUGACGGAUAUCCAAAAGACAUAGCUGAAGGAUUUGCUGGCAUCCCGGAUAAUGUUGACGCAGCUCUUGUUUGGGGCGGGAAUGGAAAGAUUUACUUUUUCAAAGGUUGGUUUUGUGYGACACGAAAAAUAUAUAACAUAAUUUCGUCUUCUUGCAUUCGUCUGAAGAUACAAACAAAUUUACAAUAUAACCAAUGACAUAUUUUUAUAUGC